AUGAUAGACGGGUCUCUAGAGAGAGUCGUGGUAUCCAACGAAUAUCACAGUAAGACUCGAUUAUGCAGCAUUAUAGGGGGUUGGGAGGAGAAGGGUGACUCUUCCCCUAGACGAUUGGCCUUAAAAGACGAAACCCAUACCUUAGAAGCUAACUAUUGUAACGCAAUCGACAUAGAAAGCCAGCCACGAGAAGAGGUGCUAAGCUGUACGAAUGAAGAAAUUCUUCCUUGCCGGAAGAUACUCAGGCAGGUGGAAGGGAGGCCGGCGGGCGCCCUUGACGUGUUUGGCGUAAGAAAUUAUUGGUGCGCUGUCCCGGAAAUCUUAUCCUACCGGCAAGACCAGCUAUCACUGGCUCCGUCCUGCCUUGACAGGUUCGCCCCAAAGCAGGCGGACUGCCAGGUCUCCGGGUUCAGUCUCCAUGACUCGAACUGUCGUCCACUGGCUCACGCCACUUUCGUCUCCAUUCAAUGCCUAUAUCUAUUCCAUCAUCUCUGCUUUGGAGAUUCUCAUCUGAGUAGAUUCUUGCCAUCUUCUACUGACAAUUUAUCGUGGUCUUUCAGAACAUAUGCUGCUUAA